AGGGCGGCUUUUUAAUCCAGGAGGAGGACACUGAGUCAGAUUGCUUGGUGGUAACAGGCAAAUGGAAGGGGAACUAGUGGCCAGUUCCACAGCCCAUCCAGAAGUGAAUAAUGCUGCUUUGAAUUUGCUAAGCUAACCACCUUGGUUGACAAAUACAUCUAGGAACGGUGCCUGGGACUGAGAAAUAACAGCUUAAGCAACAUUCCAGUCAUCUGUAGGAAACAUUUAAAUGCCACAUUGCGUAACAAUGACCUUCGUACUUAAUGUGUGCGGAAGGAAUAACUUGUACAGAGUAAGCUCAUUUCAGCCCUUUCUUCUUCUGCUGAAAAGCCUCUUUCCUGACACCAGAGGCCAUGGUACGAAGUGUGGCAAUUGUGGGGGCAGGGGUGAGUGGACUGGCCUCCAUCAAAUGCUGCCUGGAUGAAGGGCUAGAGCCCACCUGCUUUGAGAAGAGUGAUGACAUCGGGGGACUGUGGCAAUUCACAGAAAAUCCUCAGAAGGGAAGGACUGGUGUUUACAGAUCUGUUAUGACCAAUACCUCCAAGGAAAUGACCUGCUUCAGUGAUUUCCCAUUCCCAGAGGAUUGCCCCAACUACCUGCACCACUCUGUGCUCCUGGAGUACCUCAGGGCGUAUGCGGAACAUUUCCAUCUUCUUGACCACAUACACUUUAAGACCGCAGUAUGCAGCAUCAGAAAACACCCCCAUUUCACAGCCACUGGACAAUGGGUAGUUUAUACUGAGGUGAACGGGCAACAGGCAUCAGCCAUCUUUGAUGCUGUAAUGGUUUGCAGUGGCAGAUAUGCAGAGCUCAAUCUUCCACUUGAUUCUUUUCCUGGGAUUGAAAACUUUAAAGGUCACUACUUGCAUAGCUGGGAAUACAGAGAUCAAAGAAGGUCUGAAGGGAAAAACGUCCUUGUAGUUGGUGCUGGGAACACUGGAGGGGACAUUGCCGCUGAGGUCAGCCACACAGCUGCUAAGGUCUUUCUCAGCACCAGAAGAGGAACAUGGGUGUUAAGCCGCCUUUCAGAGGCUGGCUGGCCAGUUGACAUGGUCUUGACAACUCGCUUUAAGGGGUUCAUGGAAAAGUUCCUUCCAGCAGGCAUCAUGAACAAGAUAAGGGCAAAGCUGUUCAAUCGAUGGUUUAACCAUGAGAACUAUGGAUUGAUCCCUAUUAAAAGUCCAUGGACACCUUUAAUUUUGAAUGAUGAGCUGCCUAGCUGCAUCCUCUGUGGUACUGUGGUAGUUAAGCCAAACGUAAAGGAAUUUGCCGAGACCUCCGCCAUCUUUGAAGAUGAAACCGUAGAAGAUAACAUAGACAUGGUCAUCUUUUCAACUGGCUACACUGCCUCAUUUCCUUUCCUGGAAGAGUCUAUCCGUAGGGCCUGCAAGAGCAGUGCAUCUCUUUAUAAACAGAUCUUCCCUCCUCAUCUAGAGAAGCCCACAUUGGCUGUCAUGGGCUUUAUAGCAAUAACUGGAUCCAUUCUACCGGCGGUGGAACUUCAGGCUCGCUGGGUCACAAGAGUAUUUAAUGGGUCAUGUGAGCUCCCUCCAAUGAGCAGACUGAUGAGUGAAGUUGCUAAACAGAAGAAUAAUCUCCAUAAGAAGGGUAUUUCCAGUGAGACGGACAAAGCAAGGACAAGUUUCGUUUCCUACAUGGAUGAAAUUGCUGCUUGCAUAGGCGUUAAGCCAAAUAUGCCAUUGCUCUUCCUAUUAGAUCCCAAGCUAGCCUGGAGAGUUCUUUUUGGCCCCUGCAGUUCUUACCAGUACCGCCUGGCUGGACCUGGAAAGUCAGGGGAAGCCAGAAGUGCAAUCCUGACACAGUGGGACCGAGUUCUAAAGCCCCUGAAGACUCGGGUGAUAGUAGAUGACUCUCCCAAACAUCCAAUGGUUUCCUGUUGGGUUAAAGUCCUUCCCCUGCCUAUGUUAUUUGGGGCUGCCUUGCUCAUUCUUAAGUACUUAGCUCCUUCAUCGUUACCUAGGAUAAAGUGAUGGGAUACAUUACAUUUGCUUCAUGCCUUACUGCAUUGGUUUUAAAAAGUUAAUAAUGGCACGGGAAACAUGUACUCUAAGAAGCCAUGUGCAGCGUGUACACAUACACAAGCUGUUCUUGUAUUUUAUGGGUCCCAUAAGCUUGGGAAAAUGAUGUUAUAAACCUUGUAUAUGGUUUGACUGGAUAAA